AUGGCUACGACAGGUUUGGUAUUUAAAGUGGAUGAACAUGGCAAGCUACCACCGCAUGUUAUCUACAAAAUCCGACAAAACAGUAGUUUUACGGAUAAUACUAACUUGGUGAGAGAAAAGUACUGGACACCUGGACCAAACCAUGCACGAUCUGUCCGGUAUUACCAGUUCGCAUUUGUACUCAUACAGGACAUCAUAGAAAGAGCUAUCAUUGAUAAAAGAGUCAAUAGAACUGUGGUGGAACCUGGUAGUUAUGUGCAAGAAUUCCCUUACCCAUGUUACAUACAGGACAGAUUUUUGUUUGUAAUUGAGCACAUGUUUCCAAUUGUCAUGAUAAUAUCCUGGGUCUACUACGUGGCGAUGCUAACACAAAGCAUUGUAUAUGAAAAAGAACAGAGACUUAAAGAGGUAAUGAAGAUGAUGGGUCUGAGUAAUGCAGUGCAUUGGGUUGCAUGGUUUAUUACAAGUUUUCUUGAGAUGUCUAUUACUAUUAUAUCACUGGUGUGCAUAUUGAAGUAUGGUAAAGUGUUAACAUACAGUAAUCCAGUCAUUAUAUGGAUGUUUCUGUCUAUAUUCGCUAUAGCCACUAUCAUGUUUUGUUUCAUGGUGAGUUCGCUAUUUUCCAAAGCCAAGCUAGCUGCUGCAUGUGCCGGAAUCUUGUACUUCAUCAGUUACGUACCCUACUUGUACAUAGCACUUAGGGAGGAAGUGGUAGGAGAGGCUAUUCCAUUCGUCAGUAAAAGUUUUGCUUCCAUGUUAUCAACUUCAGCAUUUGGGAUUGGUGCCAAAUAUUUUGCACUGUAUGAAGAGGAAGGUGUGGGUCUGCAGUGGAGUAAUUUGGGACGCAGUCCUUUGGAACAAGAUCAAUUCAAUCUAUUGCAUAUUAUGUUAAUAAUGAUUGGUGAUGCAAGUUUGUAUUUUGUUGUAACAUGGUAUGUGGAGGCAGUACAUCCUGGUUCCUAUGGUUUGCCAAGACCCUGGUACUUCCCCUUCCAGAAAUCCUACUGGUUUGGUCAUGGGUCAACAGAGAGUACCCAGAUAUCAUUCACAUCAUGUUUUCAAUUCAAGCGUAAUAACUAUAACUCUUUGUCUGUGAUGGAAGAAGACCAAGCAUGUGCCAUGGCAACGGCAUCCCAAGAUGAGGACAGUAAAAUGGAAGAGGAACCAGUGCACUUACCACUUGGAGUAUGUAUAGAUAAACUAGUCAAGGUUUAUAAGACUGGUAAACUUGCUGUAAACAAACUAAGUUUGAAUCUUUAUGAAGGUCAGAUUACAUCGUUUUUAGGUCAUAAUGGUGCUGGUAAAACUACCUCAAUGUCUAUCUUGACUGGUCUUAUUCCUCCCACCUCUGGUACUGCCGUUAUUUAUGGUCAUGAUAUAAAAACUGACAUGUUACAGAUUAGACAAAGUUUAGGAAUGUGUCCACAACAUAAUGCAUUAUUUGAAAAAUUAACUGUAGAGGAACACAUCUGGUUCUACGCCAAACUAAAAGGCACAUCAUCUUCUGAUAUUGACAAAGAAAAGAACGGCUUAGACGAACCUACCGCAGGGGUGGAUCCGUAUGCUAGAAGAGCCAUCUGGGAUUUGCUAAUGAAGUACAAACAUGGUCGUACCAUCUUGCUAUCCACACAUCAUAUGGAUGAAGCAGACCUGCUGGGUGAUAGGAUAGCAAUUAUUGCUAAUGGACAAUUGAAAUGUUGUGGCUCAUCAUUAUUUCUGAAGAGUAACUAUGGUAACGGGUACAAACUAACGAUAGUAAAGAAACCGACUGAUUAUACUUCUGCUGAUAAUACAAGUAUGGAAAACCUGAUUGAACUUGAUGACUCCAGUGAUGUUGAUGAUGACAACAGCCAAUCACGAAGACCUGAUGUCAGUUCCUUGACAUCUUACAACAGUUGUACCGAAUCCGUCGUGACGGAGUUCAUCCAGAAGGAUAUCCCAAGUGCAACUCUUACAGCCGAAAACCACCAUGAAUUGUCAUACGUCUUGCCAAGUGAAGCUGCCAAGAAAGGAACCUUUGAGAAGUUAUUUGAUAAUCUAAAUGAUCAUAUUGGUGAACUGUGUAUAUCAAGUUAUGGUCUGACAGAUACAUCUCUGGAAGAAGUCUUCAUGAAAGUGACUCAAGGGUCAAACUCAAUUUCAGAUGAAGAUGCAAUGGAUAAAGAAACGUUUAGUUUAUUGUCCAAUAGUAUGGCGACGUCUCCUCAGAACUGCAUUGCUGUCAAUUCAUCUAGAGCCCAAGGAACUCCGGAAACUCCGGGAAGGAGUGUUAGACUCUGCCAGUCUGUUAGAUACUCUCCACCGAAUGCUUCAUCACUCUCUACUAGUGACCUGUCGUUGUCACCAGUGCAUCCAGUAAACGUGGAAAUGUGCGAGAAUGUUGUGGAACCUACCGAUGAUACUGGUGACGUAACACUGGAUGAAGUGUACCAAAGGCAACUGGGUGAAGUUGAACCAUUGUUAAAUUUUGGUGAAUCACUAUCACAAGAUAUUGUUAAUGAAAGCAAUUCAGAUAAUUCUAGUGGUGAUCCAAGACCCAAUCAGUGCUUGGAAGGUGCUGGCAGCUACAAACUGACUGGAUUCUCACUGACAAUAACCCAAUUUGUUGGGCUACUAUUAAAACGAUUUCAUCAUUCCAAAAGAAACUGGAAAGGCUUGUUUUCACAGCUCUUACUGCCAGCUUUAUUCAUCUGCAUUGCCAUGACAGUAGCAUUGCUGGCUCCCCAAGUUGGUGAUCUACCCCCACUGGUAUUAUCACCAUCGCAAUACCAUCAGCUGGAACACCCUGAAGGCAACUACAUUCCAUACAACAAUGAAGCAAAAUAUGGGAGUCAUUAUACAGUGUACAAAUCCCCGGAUGGUGACGCUGGACCUGCCAAGCUGGCGUCAACGUUAGAAAUCAGCGUGGGGGCUACGUGUGUAUUAGCAGACACAAACAAAACCGAUUAUUAUUCAGUGCUGAAAGCAAACUCUACUUUGUAUUUUGACAAAGUACUUAGCGACUAUGACAGUAUGUGUUUGAAGUCGUUCUAUCAUCAUGGUAUAUUGAGUUUUGAUUAUGUAUCGUUGUCAAGUCGACCAGCUCCCGUGGUUCAUCCUUUGGGUCCAUCCCCUGAAGAUAACAUCUAUGAAGUAGAUUAUAUGGAUUAUAAUACCAAUAAUAAUGAAACCAUCCAGAUAACAGAAAUACCCUGUCAAUGUGCUAAAGAUGGACAUGGUUUUAUCUGUCCCGUUGAAGUAGGUGAACCAGAACCCCCGACACAUCGGGUAAUUACUGCCGACAUAAUGUUAGAUGUUUCUGGUAGGAAUGUAUCAGAGUAUUUCCUGUAUACAUCGGACAAAUAUAAACUUCAUAGAUAUGGUGCUUUAUCCUUUGGUAAUGUCAGACCAUUUGUACCUCCUGAUUUUGGUGGAGUUGUGCCUGUGAUAUACCGCAAACUUGCAGUCAGAAAUUCAGCUGUGGCAUGGCACAACCAUAAAGGAUUUCAUAGUAUGCCAACCUAUCUGAAUGCCCUCAAUAAUGCUAUAUUGAGAGCCAACUUGGAUCCUGCUGUCCAUGGAAAUCCUUCUGCAUAUGGUAUCACUGUUAUUAAUCAUCCAAUGAAUAAAACUUCUACAAGAUUAUCCACAGAAUAUAUCAAUAUGAGAGUGUAUGAGGUUAUGAAUGAUUUGAACUACUUAGUACCUGCUGCUUGCUGUAUCAGUAUUCUACUUCUCUUUGAUGUACCAGCCUACACAUCGUCUACCAACUUACCAGCAGUUAUACUCCUAUUUUUACUCUAUGGAUGGUCUAUCACACCCAUGAUGUACACUGCUUCAUUCUAUUUUGAUGUACCCAGUACUGCGUAUGUGUUUUUGAUUGUUAUUAACCUAUUCACUGGGAUAACAACUGUGGUGGCAGCGUUCUUUCUCGAAUUAUUCUCAGAUGACAAGGAUUUAAAGCAAAUUGGGACCACAUUAAAUGCUAUAUUCUUGAUGUUUCCUAACUAUUGCCUUGGAAGAGGAUUGAUGGAUGUUGCUUAUAACGAUUAUUUCAAUGAAUACUACUACAGAAUAGGGGCUUUUGAUAAAAUGCAUACACCAUUUGAAUGGCAAUUGACUUCUCGUAUGCUGGUUGUCAUGGCAAUAGAAGGACUUGUAUUCUUUGUUUUAACGCUGCUCAUUGAGUAUCGAUUUUUCAUUAAACCACGAAAAUUGUUACUGAGUCGACAGUCAUUACCUGAUGAAGAUGAGGAUGUUGCUAAGGAACGACAGCGUGUUAUGAGAGGAGAUGCCGAUAAUGAUUUACUCAAACUUCACAAUCUUACAAAGGUUUAUAAAACCAGAAGGUCUGGUAGACAUCUUGCUGUUGACAGAGUCUGUCUAGGAGUGCCACAAGGAGAGUGUUUUGGACUUUUGGGUGUAAAUGGAGCUGGCAAGACAACUACGUUCAAAAUGUUAACUGGUGAUGAACUCAUAACACGUGGAGAGGCUUUUCUCAAUGGACACAACAUAGCUACAGAAAUCCAUAGUGUCCAUCAAAAUAUUGGUUACUGUCCGCAAUUUGAUGCCUUGUUUGAUGAAUUGACAGCUAAGGAACAUCUGAUGUUGUAUGCCAGACUACGUGGAAUUCCCCAUCAUGAACAAAAACAGGUGGUUGACUGGGCACUACGUAAGUUGGCAUUGUUGCAAUACGCUGAUAAGCCGGCAGGUACUUUCAGUGGUGGAAACAAACGAAAGCUUUCAACAGCUAUAGCUUUACUUGGACAUCCACCUGUUAUAUUUAUGGAUGAACCUACAACUGGUAUGGAUCCUCACUCUAGACGAUUUCUAUGGGAUUUAAUACUUAAUAUCAUUAAAGGUGGCAGAUCCGUCAUUCUGACGUCACACAGCAUGGAAGAGUGUGAAGCCUUAUGUACUCGUCUAGCUAUUAUGGUCAAUGGUCAUUUUAAAUGUCUGGGCAGUAUUCAACAUUUAAAGAAUAGAUUUGGUGAUGGUUACACUAUCACUAUUCGAGUCAAAGGAGGAUCCCGGCCUAAUUUACAGCCUGUUGUCAGAUACUUUGCUAGGAACUUCCCCAGUGCCAUACUGAAGGAAAAACAUCAUAAUAUGGUGCAAUACGAUUUGAAAAGCGAAGAUAAUGUUUCUCUGGCUACUAUAUUCUCACAAAUGAAAGUUAUGGAAGAUUUAUUGAAUAUUGAAGACUACUCAGUUAGUCAAACAACACUGGAUAAUGUAUUUAUUAACUUUGCUAAAUUACAAUGUGAAGGUGGUGCUGAUGACUCACCUGUCAUAACACGAAGAGUACCGACAGAAUUACAAGAUUUAUUGAAUGAAGAAUACUUACAAGAUGAAGAUAGUGAAGACUUUACAGUCAGAUUUGAUGAACGUGAGAGUCACCUUGCAUUCAAUAUGGAAAUUGUAUAACUACCGAGAUAUACACACCUCUGUGCUGUUCAAGAUAGGAGUAAACAAGAAUAAAUCAACAUGUCUACAAAACCACUAUGUAUCAGCAGCUUCACUCACAACCAUAUAAUGUGAUUAGGCCAGUUCAAUUUGAAUUCAAACAAUCUGAGCACUACACAUAUCUGCAAUGCAUUAUGGGAGAUACACCUAUAAUAUAAUAGAAAUAUAUUAUCACCCUGG